CUUAACUUGUCAUCUGGGUACUUGUGUGCCAAUUUAGAUCUCUCUUUGCUCCACCCUUCGGCUAAUCUUGAAUGGUUAGUCUCCAAUGGCGGCAUUAAACUGAGUGAAUUCACUCCAAAUUCCUUCUUACCUAGUUUGCUCAACAGAAUCCAUGGCUUUGCGUUGAAGUCUGAACACAAUUUCCGCCGGUAAUUUGCUUUCUCUCAUAGUUUUCCUGCAAAUGUUGAUCUCCGUUAAUGAUGUCUGGUUUUGUAUUCUAUGCCCAUUCUCUUCAACAAUGAAUCGCCGAUGAAAUCAAAUCCUCAAAAACCCUAAAAUAUUCUCUGUUUCUUGUAAUCGUUUCGCUGAAAUGAAUCCGAAGCCUGGGAUCUGUUAUCAACUCUAGAGUGAAUGGGAGGGUAGAUAGAAACCACACAGUUUUCGGUUUUGAUCGUAGUUCUUGUAAGAGUAUUUGUUUCAGCUAUGAACUCAGAGACAGGGCAAGCGAGUGCCGUGGUAUCAUCGGCUCAAUUGAGUGAAAUGGUGGUAGAUCAGGUUAAGAACAAUCCAAAGUUUCAGAAAACAGCCGAAAUCAUUCUACAAAAUUGUGGUAACAUUCCUGCGAUGAAUUUGUUCAUUGCUGAAACCUUAAAUACUAUUGCAGAGGGCGAAGGGGAUGAUUGGACAUUGGAAAGAGCUUUAGAAGAGAUGGCGAGUUAUUGCAUCAUAGGAAGAACACUAGAGGAUAGGGUACUAUCAUUGAUGCGGUGUGGGUAUGAAAUGUUGCCAAGAAGUGAUUUGGCAUUGAUUAAUUGUUGCUGGCAUAGCAGACAGUUCUUCCGCAAGAACCAUGGAGUCCAUUACAAUGUCUUGAUUACAAACUGGAUAUUCGAAGAAUGUUUUGGCCUCAUUGAUCAUUUUGAGAAGGCAUACAAUCAGGGAUAUAGGAUUUUAAUGAAACUCAUCAAGUGUGGCCUGCUCAAGAUAGAAAACGAUAAUAUCGUCGUUAUGGAGAAACUGGCACGGGACGUUCCUGAUAGUCGAUAUCAUGGAUUCAUUUGGAAGCCUAGUUUGGGAUUGAGCGGGGUAUAUGAGGGUAAGAAUUGGCUAGGUCUUGAUAGUGUUGGGCAUGCUGAUGGAAUGAUCAGAACUUGUGAGAAGGAAUGGAAAGAAAUUUCAGUACUGCUGGUUGAUGGAAAUCAUCUAUGCCAGGAGGUUAUUGAAACGUAUUUUUCGACCCUGAUGAAUCUCCGAGUUCUUGCCGUUUUCAGUCCCAGGAUCAAAUCAUUGCCCAUUAGUUUAACCAAGUUGGGAAAUCUUUGUUUUCUUGUUCUCAAAGACUGUGAUCUGCUGGAGAAUAUUGAUGGCCUUGAAUCUCUGAAGGCAUUAACAGUUCUGGAGAUAUCUAAUGCUAAAAGCCUCAAGCAUGUCCCAAGCGAUCUAUUUGAGAGUUUAUCUAAGCUUCGAAGCCUCAACUUAUCUGAAACUGGAAUUGAACGACUUCCUUCCUCCUUAUCAACGCUUUGUGAACUGCGAUCCAUCAACCUACGAGGGUGUUGCUGCCUAACGUCGUUGCCAAUGUUGGCAAAACUCAGGAAGCUGCAGCUGCUUGAUGUUUCUGGUGCAACUUCAUUGGAAAGUUUUGCAGAUAAAAGCAUCAAUGCUCUUCAAGAUCUUCUGCUGCUUGACCUUUCUCAAACUCUCGUUGGGCAUGUUCCAUUUCUUAAGGAUCUCAAGCAGCUAUCUCGUGUUUCGUAUAGAGAUUGCAAAAAACUGAUUAGACUGCCAAAUCUUCGGGAGUUGAGCGGGCUCGAAGUUCUUGAUCUCUCUGGUGCUCUAAAGAUAAAGGAAAUUCAGGAUAACACCUUUCCAGAAACUAAUGACCUCAAAAUCCUUGACCUUUCCAAAACUGGAGUCAGUUGUUUACCUUCCAGCAUCCGUUACCUUUUGAAUCUUGAGCUGCUCAAUCUCUCUGAGAUGUUAAACUUGGUUGAACUUGAAGAUGACACCUUCAAAAAUAUGGCACGCCUUCGUCAUCUCAACCUCUCGAAAUCUCCGGUUGCGAACUUACCUUCUCUUUCUGGCCUUGUUAACCUACGAGAACUUAAACUACAUGGAUGCAGCAAGCUGCGGACAUUACCAAGUCUAAUUGCCCUUGAGAAAUUGGAAGUCCUUGAUAUAUCAGGUUGCGUUUUCUUUGAGGCAUUUGAAGAUGAAUCCUUUACCCACAUGACCAAUCUCCAGCUCCUCGACCUGUCGGAAACUAAGAUUGAAAAAAUGCCUGGCCUAUCUGGUCUUCAAAACCUCUCUCAACUUCUACUAAGAAACUGCAUCAAUCUUACAAAACUUCCACCUCUAAGUUCAUCUAAACUUAAAGAGCUCGAUGUCUGUGGAGCGAAAAAUUUGAGAGAAUGGGAAGCUGAGUUGCCCGAAUAUAUGAAUCAGUUGGAGAUCCUCAACCUAUCGGCUACACGACUAAGGUCCCCACCAUUGAACAAUUAUACCAACCUUAGGGAGCUUUAUCUAAGAGACUGUGAAUUACAGAUGCCGCUACAAUUGGAUAAUCUCACAAACCUUGAGGUCUUGGAUUUAUCAAGGACACGUAUCAGUUCUUUACAAACAAUCACAAGACUUUGCAACCUUAGACAACUUCUGCUAACAGAUUGUUCAGACCUACACGAGAUUCCUACUUUAGAACCACUUGUGAAGUUGGAGGCUCUUCAUUUGCAAGGGACAGGAAUCAAGAAAUUUCCCUGUCGGAUGGCUAUGGUAACACGUUUAAUGCAUCUCGACCUGCCAGACUCUGCAGAUACGCUUGGACUCGAUUGGACAGGCAUAAAAUCACUUCCUGGAGAGCUAAACUGGGACCAAUGUGGUAUGCCUUCCCAACUUCAAAAUAUUACGAACAGGCCUUCCAUGAUUGUGAGAAAUUUGGAUUCUUUUAGAAUUAUGAAGGGAAUACCUGACCUAUGGAACUCAUGCUUCAAUAAAUUUUUCAUCUCUGUAUGCCCUUUAAAAAAGGGAGAGGAGGAGGAGGAUAAAGAAAUCUAUGAACUUCAGGAUGGGACUAGCUUUCAAGAUAUAUACUUCCAUGUCAUGUCUUAUCAUGUCGAGUAUACCCCGUUUUUGGAAAUCCACGGAUUUGAGAGCUUUCCCACUGGUCUUGAGGAUGCCCUUAUGAAAGUUAAAUAUGUUUCUUUGGUUGAAAAUGGGUUUAUUAGAAGCUUAUCUGAAUUGGGCAAUGCAAAUAAUUUAAAAGGCUGCUGGAUUUGGAGUUGUCCCAACCUGGAGAAUCUAAUGCAGGAAGACGAGGAUAACCUUAACUUGUCAAAGAAUCUAGACCAAGAUAACCUCAAGUUUUCAGAAAAUCUAGAUCAGGAUAGCCUUAAGUUAUUGGACAACCUAGAGUUCCUAUGGAUAUCCAACCUUCCUAUCUUGAGGAGUGUGCAUUCUACAGGGCGCCAAUUCGAGAGCAUCAGGAAUCUCAAACAGUUGUAUGUAGAUGCUUGCCCACAGCUUGAGACUCUGUUCAAGUCCUCACAACUCUCGAAGAACCUUGAGAUUCUCCAUGUUAAAUUUUGUGAUAGAUUGAAGUCUAUAUGUGAAGCCAAAGAAGAAUGUACUUUACAGAAGUUGCACUCCCUGAGCCUGGUGGAAUUGCCUGAGUUGACAGACAUCGGCCUUAAACUUCCAUCCUUGAGAACAGCUAAUAUUAGGAACUGUCCUAAAUUGGGAGAAAACUUGCAUGAACAAUUUGGGCUGAAAGUAAGAGUUGAAGGGGACCUGACUCGUGAGAAAUGGGAUGGAAGUCAGAUCGAGAAUGAGGCAGAAACAUCUCCCAGAUCAUUGUGAUGAUCAACUUUUAUGCUGCCAGUGCAGGUGAAGGUGUGGAUCACCAAUCUUGAAGCAAACUAACUCGAGUUACUCGAACGAUCAGAGACAUGUAUGUACCUCUCUUAUUGAGUUGAAGGUUUGAAUCCCCCACCCAUCAUUUGCAGCUAGCCAAGUAAUGCUAGAACAGUUAGAGCUGGACAGAAACUAGCUUUACAGUGUUCGGCUUAAUCUGUGAUAAGAUUUAGUAGCAGCAAAGAAUUGUUGGGUUAAUUCAUCCCAAUGCAGACAAUGCCUUAUUUCGAUGUGAAACCUUAUUUCGAUGUGAAACCUGAGUUUAUUCGAUCAUAGAAAAAAUUCCUGAUUCAUUUCGAUUAA